AUGAAGAAAACUUAUAUAUUAAAUAAGUACGGAAAACGAAAUAAUGCAGCGCAUAAUCUGAACUCCGACGUUGAUUAUCCUCCUAAGUUUGAAAAUAGAAGAGAAUUCAUAGUUCAAGACAACUAUCCCAUCUCAUCUCCAUACCAGUUAAUAGACAACCCUGAAGUCCCAAAUCUAUCAUAUCUACAAGCUCCAGCAACAUUUAUGCCUGCUUUUAUGCAAGAAGAGUCCCAAAUUAGUGCUGUGAAAUGCAGCUCUAAAGGAUGCAAUAUAAACGCAACAUCCUGAUGCCGCUGUAAAAAUCAAUACUUGCAUUUCUGUGAUGAGCAUUUAGGAAACCAUAUUAUAAAUUCUCCUGGGAGUCACAACUUUCGAAAAUUACUUGAUGGCUCAAAUAUACAAACCAAUAGUGAUUUUUUGCUUUAUAUGCAAUAUAAAAUAUAAGCUAUUUAAUAUUUUAAUAGAUAUAAUUAUUAUUUUAAACUUUUUUUAAGGGCAAAUAUUUUAUUUUUACAUUUUAAUAUGUCAGAUAUAUUUUGGCACUCCAAGGAUGCUGAUAAAAUGUGUAAUACUUUGUGCAACUCCUGCGAGAUUUAAAGGAAAAAUUAGUAAAUGAAGUCUAUACUGAGAUAUGCAAAUUAGAAAAUAGCUUACUAUACUGUAGGUGUAGCCCUUAAAAUUUUUUAUAGCAGAAUAUAUUGUAAUUAUUUUGCUAUUUAGCUGUUUAUAGAUUCUUUGGCUAAUUUAACUAUUUAAUUUAUAAGAGGUGAAUUAAUGAUUUUUAUUGAAAAAAUUGACCAAGAAAUUGCUUCAUUUGAGUUCAAGUUUAAUGAAACUACUCAAGAGUUUCAAAGCUGCUACUGGUAUAAAAAUGACGAUUAUUUUAAUCAGCUACCAUAUGAAGCAGCUGAAUUUAUCAAAGAAAAUCAGAAAACGUCUAUUUCUGAGGCUUCAUAUGAAACAAUAAUAUCAGAAAUUUAUAAAGAACUAGGUUGUGUUAAAAAUACAGGAUUUCCAGAGAUAUCAAGGCAAAAUGAAUAUGAAGUAACUAAUCCAAGGCCAGGCGAUCGAGUUAUCCCAUUACCGCCACGUCAAUAUAUUCAAAUACCCAAGCCUCCGGUUUAUCAACAGUUCAAGCCUUAUGAGGAUCUACAGCCAGGCCCAUGCUUAAGUUCUUACUAUCCUUCGAAUCUAGAAACUGCAAAAUUCAAAUCCAAAUUAAUAUAA